GGCAGAGUUUGGGAAGGAGAGGAGAGAGGAGAUGUGGUUUGGAGCCAUCUGUGUGCCCGUCCUGCAGCGGCACAGGUGGCUCUGCGGCUGGCAGUGCUGUGUGUGCCAUCAGUGGGUGCCCCAGCACCAGGCAGUGAGCACUGCAGCGCUGGCUCUGCUCUGUGGACUUCAGUCUGUGUUAAAGUCCUGCUGGGAGCCCACGAAGGAGUGGUUUUCCCACCGCCGGCAAUAGGAGCCGGAGCAGCCGGGAUGCGGGGGAAGCGGAGCGCUGCAGCCCUUGGCGGAGAGGCAGGGAGGGCUUUUCCAGCUGCUCCCACACUCCGCACCUUGCAGGCAUCUCCCUGCAACCUGCUGCCCUCCCCAGCCCUUCUCUUCCCCAAGCUGAGUGCCCAGAGCUGAGCCCGGAUCUCCUGCCCCUGUGACUCACACCCAGAUGAAAUCUGGCUCCGCAGCAGCUGACAGGCAUUGCCCUGCAGGCACUGCAUCAGCAGCAGACGUGUCCCGAAGGAGCACCCGGCUCUCGCUGCUCCUGCCCCAGGAUUUAAAAGCCUCUGAGCCCUCCGAGGGGCCACCCCAGCAUGUCCCGGCCACGGCAAAGCCGGGCUCUCAUCAUCGUCAACACUGAUUUCCACAGUAGUGAUGGCGAUGUGGGGCUCAGGCCCCGCAGAGGAGCCAGGAGGGAAGCCGAGAAGCUCUCUCAUGUGCUGGUGCAGCUCAACUACAGGGUGAAGCUGCUGCACAACAGGACGGCCAAGGAGAUGGAGGACCUCUACCAGCAAGAGUGCGGCCGUGAGCACGGGGAUUACUUUGUGAGCAUCAUCUCCAGCCACGGGGAGGAGGGGGCCGUGUUGGGCUGUGACUGCAGGCCGCUGCGCCUCACCCGCAUCUUCCGCACCUUGUCGGCGCAGAACUGCCCAGUGCUCGCACAGACACCCAAGGUCUUCUUCAUCCAGGCAUGUCGGGGGGCUGCGCUGGACCGGGGGGUGUUUGUGGAGACUGACGGCGGGCAGCCGGAGCCAGACAGCUUCUCAGAGUACCUGUGCAUCCCCCCCAACACCGCUGUGAUGUUCGCCUGCAGCCCCGGCUACGGCGCCUUCCUGAACCCCGCGGGAUCCAUGUUCCUGCAGGCCCUGCUGGCGGCGCUGGCCGGGGAGGAGCGCAGCCUGGCGCUGAGCCGCAUGGCCACCCGCCUCAACGCGGCCGUAGCCCUGGGCUGCCAGGCCCGCGGCGCCUACGAGGGCUGCAAGCAGAUGCCCUGCUUCGUCACCAACCUGCUGAGGGACAUCUUCCCCUUCUCGGCUGCGAGUGAAGCCCUGCCCAGCACAGACACACAGGGAGGGACGGAGGAGGAGAGGCAGAAGCCUGCAGCCUCUUAGGGGAAAUGAAGAAACACGACAGAAACCCCGGCACAAAGGCACCCCGGGUUGUGCUGGAGCUGCCCAGGGUGCGAGGAAAUUCUGGGGUGCGUCGUUCCCCCAUCACGAUGUACUGGGCUGGACGUCACCUGCUGCCCCAUGGCAGCCCAGCGCACCCUCCAGCGGCGCUCACUUCUCCCCCCCGCCUCCUUCAUGAAAGAGCCUCAGUGCUGUGAGCUCCGCUUUAUCGAUCCUGUUAUCCGGGUGACCCUGCACAAAACACAGGCUUUUCUUCUGAGGGAAGAAAGGCUGAUGUUUACCUGCCUGCUGCCCUGCCUGCAAGGAAAACACGGCGGUGGUGUAAAGAUGGCAGCAGGCCCAAGCUGUUGGUCCUUACGAUUGAUUCUUCAUUCCAAACCUAAAAAAUAAACAGAGACCGAUGGUCA